AUGGAGGAGAAGAAGAAGAAGAAGAAGCAGGAGGUGGAGGAUGAGAAGGCUAAAGAAGAAGGAAAAGGAAAAAAGAAGGAGAACGAGAAGAAGAAGGAACAGAAGGAGGAGAAGAAGAAAAAGAAGAAGGAACAGAAGGAGAAAAUAAGAAGAAAAAGGAGGAGAAGGAGGAGAAAGAGGAGAAACGAAGAAGGAGAAGGAACAGAAGGAGAAAAGAAGAAAAGGAACAGAAGGAGAAGGAGAAGGAAGGAGACGGAACAGAAGUAGAAGGAACAGAAGGAGAAGGAACAGAAGAAGAAGGAGAAGGAAGGAGAAGGAACCCAAACAGAAGUAGAAGGAGAAGGAAGGAGAAGGAACAGAAGGAGAAGGAAAAGGAAGGAGAAGGAACAGAAGGAGAAGAAGGAACAGAAGGAGAAGGAAUGAGAAGGAGAAGAAAAGAGAAGGAAAGUAGAAGGAGAAGGAAGGAGAAGGAACAGAAGGAGAAGGAAAAGGAAGGAGAAGGAACAGAAGGAGAAGAAGGAACAGAAGGAGAAGGAAUGAGAAGGAGAAGAAAAGAGAAGGAGAGAGAAGGAGAAGGAACAGAAGGAGAAGGAGAAGGAGAAGGAACAGAAGGAGAAGGAAGGAGAAGGAGAAGAAAGGAGAAGGAGAAGGAACAGAAGGAGAAGGAGACGGAAGGAGAAGGAACAGAAAAGGAAGGAGAAGGAGAAGGAACAGAAGGAGAAGGAGAAGGAGAAGGAACAGAAGGAGAAGGAACAGAAGGAGAAGGAAGGAGAAGGAGAAGAGAAGGAAGGAGAAGGAGAAGGGACAGAAGUAGAAGGAACAGAAGGAGAAGGAGAAGGAAGUAGAAGGAACAGAAGUAGAAGGAACAGCAGGAGAAGGAAGGAGACGGAGAAGGAACAGAAGGAGAAGGAGAAGGAGAAGGAACAGAAGGAGAAGGAACAGAAGGAGAAGGAGAAGGAAGGAGAAGGAACAGAAGAGAAGGAACAGAAGGAGAAGGAGAAGGAGAAGGAACAGAAGGAGAAGGAAGGAGAAGGAGAAGAAAGGAGAAGGAGAAGGAACAGAAGGAGAAGGAGACGGAAG